AUGGAUUAUGACCUGUGUAAAAAAUUUGAUACAUUGAGAAACUAUUUACCUGAUGACUUAAGCAAUUCUACAACUAGUGAUAUUAAUAAUUUAGGGAAUGCUAAGAAUUACUGCUCUAAUGGAGAACCAGGGAAAACAGAAUGUAAGACUGAUUUCGAUAAAAUUAAGGCUGGAUGUUUAUGGUUGUUUGAGCAAUUGUUUGUGGAAAAUAAAAAAAAUAUCAGUACAGUUGAAUACAUUAUCAUAUGGUUAGGUUAUAAACUAAAUCAAAAGACGUAUGACGAAGCCAAGGAUCUAAAUGAUUUUUACAAUAAAUAUAUAGAAAAUAAUAGGCAUUAUAUUAAUUGUAAACAAGGUGAUGUAGGUUGUAGUAAUUUAUUAAAUAGUAAUACAGGAUAUACAAAUUAUAAGGAGAUCAUAGAUAAAAGAAAGAAAAUGUUGAAUAUUAAUAUUAAAAAUAUGUCUAAAUUUUAUGAUGCAUUUAAAUUAUUAUGUAACAUGUAUACUGAACUUGGUGGAAGCAACACAGAAAAUAAGACAUAUUUAGAAAAUGCUAGUAAAUUUGUUAAAAAAUAUAAAGAACUUAAUGACGAUUCUGGUAAUACUAAAGAUGAAGCCUAUUGUCAAGCAUUGUCUACAUUAUCAAUUGAUUAUAUUAAUUUUAAAAGUUCUUGUGCUGAUAGCGAUGAUUGUAACAAUAUUCCAUCCCUUACAUCGACAGAAACAGAAGAAAUUGUUAUGAAAAGUUCUGGAAAUAUUUGUGAUGAUACACCAAGCUUGUCGAUAGUAAAAAAAUUAAUUCUAGCUUUAUUAAUAUUCAGUGUAAUAUCAAUCUUUUUGGGAAUUUUUUUUAAGUGUUCGUUAUUUGUAUUACGGAAAAGAGCUCAAAAACAAUAUUUAAGAGAAAAGCUAAAAAAAUAA